AUGUUUAUAAUUGAAGAUGCACUAGAAGAUUUCUUCUCGAACAGUUCAUUCCAUGGUCUGCGGUUCAUCGCCAAGAGAACUGGUAACCACUGGACUGAAAGGUUGUUCUGGGCCGUGUGCUGCACACUCUCUUGUUACGGAUCCAUUCUUCUCAUCCUCUCAGCGCACGAUACCUUCCAGAACAACCGACUGAGCUUCGUGGUUUCCACUACGUAUCUGGAUUGGUCCACCAGUUUCCCCUCUGUUUCCGUCUGUGAGACCGAAAAUAACAACAAGUCAAAGCUUCAGGCCAUUGAGUAUUUUAAAGAGAAUUACGACGCCAAUAAAAUGGCCGUAAUGCACGAUAUCGCCUUCUUUCAAGACACAACACCAUAUUUGAUCAAGACCUGCCAGCAAAAUUCUCGCAAGAAGGUCUUUAACUGCUCCGGUAUCGACAUAGUGUCUUUGGCUCGGACGAUAAGAAGUUCUUGCGAGGAAACUUUUGACCGCUGUCUUUGGAACGGAGAAGAUUUUGACUGUUGCAGUCACUUCUUGCAACUGGAAACGGAACUGGGGAUUUGCUAUUCAAUCAACAAUGUGCAAACAAUAAACAGCUCGCAGCCGGGAAAGACUAUGAAUUUCAAGUCUGACAGAAACACUGGACCUGGUUCUCUACUGCUCCACUUCAGGACGACAACUAAUGUAUUCAUGCACUCGAGGUCAGAUGUCCCGAACUUGAAUGCGAAGGAAACGGACGUAGUGGUUGUGCAGUCGCGUCCCAGAUCUCAACACGAAGUGUAUCUGUCUGUCCACGAGACUGAGAAUGUGGAUGGAGUGGGGGGGAUGGAAGCGAAGAAGCGGAAGUGUCUUUUCCCAUGGGAAGGAUAUCCCGGUUACUACUCCCACUAUUCCUACUCUGCCUGUAUAGUGGAAUGUCGAAGGAGGGCUGAGAUGGAUCUGUGCAACUGUACACGUCACCUCUUACCCUACACAGGUGAGACAGGCAAGAUUUGUGACAUUAAUAAUAUCUUUUGUAUAAAAAGAAAUGAAUAUUUUUUGUUAUCCCUGAAGGCACAUUGGGUCACGAAGAAGGAUGCCCUGAACUGUCCCUGCCUUUCAGGUUGUGAGGACAUUCAAAUCGAUACAAUCCUAAGAAGAGACCAAGAAAUCGUAAACGGGGAAAACGCAGCAGAAUCCUCAGUUGAGCUCAAACUUCUUUACCUACCUUCGGAGAAAUACAAACGCAGCGUAGUUCGCAAUAAACUGGAUCUCGUGGUGUCAAUGGGAAGCGCUGUCGCUCUGUUCUUUGGGGCCAGUCUGCUCAGUUUUGUGGAGAUCAUUUACUACUUCAGUCUGAGGUUAUGUCGACCGCAGCGCGUCCAGGAGGCAUCCUGUGCUACUGCAGUGCGCACGCAUCGACGGAUCAGAGCGCCAAUGAUAUUACGUCAUACCCACCUUGCUCAUGAUCCUGGUCAAAAGCGUUUCCGUACUUUUAUGUAA